AUGCGCUCCUGCCUGCUCCUGCUGUUCAUCGCGCAGGUCGCCUUUGCGCGGCAUCGUAUCCCAUCGCCGCAUCGUCGCACCUUCGAGUCGCGCGAUCGCAGCCUUGACACGACGCCGCCCUUUGCCGAGCGCGCACUGGCCGACAACAUCGCGGCGCUGCUGGGCGCACCGAUGAACUCGCUCAUCGCCGGCAUCUCCCAGGCCGCCACAGCACUCGAGUCGCUCGGCUUCGGACCGCCCGACAUGGCUGGCAUCGAGAAUGGCCUUGGGCCAGGACAGGACCCGGACGCCGUGUCGCGCCUCGAGCCGGAUGCGAGCGGCCGGCGUGCCGAGGGGAACCUGACGUACUACUUUGUGACCAACGACUUUGCCCGCGGCAUCUACAUGCUCAAGAGCCAGGACCUCAACUCCAUCUUUGCCGAUCCAUCAAGCGAGAAGCAGAUUUUCGAGUACGACAAGGCCGUCGGCACCGAGGCGCCGUCGCUGUUCGAGUGGAGCGAGGGCCGCUGGCUCAUCUACGUCUCGUCCGUCGGUGCCGAGGGCAACGGCUCGAUGCGCGUGCUGCAGGCAAAGAGCGACGACCUGUGGGGCGACUGGGAGGAUCUGGGCGAGAUGCGCCAUGCCAACGGCGACCGGCUAACAAACUACGACGGGCAUGCCUUCCGGCAUCCGAACGGCAAGCGCUACUUCACCUAUAGCGCAUUGCGCUCAGUCGAGAUUGCCGAGCUCACCUCGCCCACGACGGUCGGGCGGGCGACGGUGUGGGCGUCGGGCGAUGGCGAACGCACGAUCGAGGCACCGGGUAGCUUCGUCUCGGGCCAGAAGCUCAACAUUAUCUGGAGCGAGAACGUCUUUGCACAACCUGACUACAACACUAUCAACCGCGCCAUCUCCGUCGACGAUGAUCCGCUUGACCCCGCCUCUUGGCGCAACUCGGCAAACGUCACCUUUCUGCGCUCGGGCAACGGUGUCUACGGCCCCGGCUCGGCAUGCGUGUACAACGGGCCCGACGAGCGGCCAUGGAUCGCGUACUCAGCCUUCUACAUGCCGCAAGGCUUCCCACUGACAGAGAACCCGCGACGUGUGCAGACGCAGCCACUGAUCGUGUACGACGACGAGAUCCAGCCGAUGGCGCCGGAUCGUCCCACGCGCUUUCUAGACUAA